AACAACAAUAUUAUGUAUGUAAAUAAUACUACGAAAGUGUGUAUGACUUCAGUCUUGCGUGAUGUGAUGUGAAUGUUUUCCCUCUUCAUGGUUAUGUGCAAUACGUAGUGAUGUUACGUAGCCACCCUGAGUGCUUGUGAGUUAUCUUUCCCUUCCCCUUGCCCUGACAAAGGACAAUAGUUUUGAGAUAGAGUAGGAUACCUGUGUGAAUGAAGCGUGUAUGAGAACCUGAGUGUGUAUAUAUGUCUCUUAGGACCCGGAGUCAGUACUUUGUAUUCUAAAAUCAUCCCAACCAGUAAAAUCUAGAUGAAUCCUGUGACACUGCAUCCUUCCCUAGUAACCAUCAAGCAAUGCGCUGGGGAUUCAGACUCUGGUAUUCAUUGUGUUUUGCUGAUUUCCCCGAGAACCGAGAAAACGAUUCCGGAACUCGCGCUCUACCGAUUCCACGCGGAACUGGUUUCGACGGUUCCGCCCGUCCAAAGAACCGGUUCCUUGAAUACUUGAGUUUACGGUUCCUUUUUACAUCAUACCACCUCGUUAAAAUAGACUUAAAACGACAUUAGCACAUUUAGAUAACAGUAUUUAAGGUUGUCUGAAGUUAGAUAUUGCCAGUAGGUACAUUUGCGAUUUUACAAUUAAUUUUCCUCUCUCUUCAUAUUCCAGCUCUUAUUACAUCACACCACCUCGUUAGAAUGGACUAAAAACGACAUUAGCACAUUUAGAGAACAGUAUUUAAGCUUGUCUGAAGUUAAAUAUUGCCACUACACACAUUUGAGCUUUUACAAAUAAUUAUUAAUUCCCUCUCUCUUCAUAGUCCACCCAUUUUACAUCAAAUUGACUAUGAAAAACUAACAGAAAAUAACCAUUACAUAUUAUAAUAACAAUUUCUAUCAUAUAUUUAGCCUAGAAAUGGAUUUAGAGGUUUAUUAAGAAAAAAAAAUGAUAGGACGCAAGAGGAAGAAGAGGAAGAGUCGUGUUUAGAGUCUUUGUGUUGAAGGUAGAAGUGACACGAUUUGACCCCAUCUGACCUGACCUCCCCUGUACCUCCUCGCCCCAGCAGAGGGUCAGGAUGGCUUGCAGCUAUGCCGAUGGUCUCAGCAAAUAUGAAAAUAAAGGAAAAUUGGGACUUCCUGAGAAAUUCGACACAGAGGAGGAGGUGGAGAGGAAGGUGCAAAUACUGGCCGGCUGGAUGAGAAACUCCAAACACACUGUCGUUCACACUGGUGCCGGUAUCAGCACUGCAGCGGGGAUACCAGACUUCAGAGGUCCCAAUGGAGUGUGGACGCUGGAGAAGGAAGGACUGAAGCCUGACGUCAACAUUUCCUGGGACGAGCGGCCGACACUCACACACAUGGCCAUCGUUAGCCUGGAGCAGCGUGGUUACGUCCAGUAUGUGGUGACCCAGAAUAUUGACGGUCUGCACCUUCGCUCAGGUCUCCAGCGACAGAAACUGGCUGAACUACACGGAGAUAUGUUUGUCGACAAGUGUAAUCUGUGUCAGAGGCAGUUUGUGAGGAGCUCUGCAGCAACCACAGUGGGUCAGAAGAGUGAAGGGAAGGCGUGUCCAGGGAAGAGAGGCAAUGGAAGGAGGUGUCGAGGGAAGCUACACGAUAAUAUUCUAGACUGGGAGGAUGGCUUACCUGACGCUGACCUGGAUCUUGCUAUCUCUCAUUCCUGUGUUGCUGAUCUGAGCCUCUGUCUGGGAACAACACUGCAGAUUGUACCCAGCGGCAACAUUCCCGUGGACACUAAGAAGAGAGGAGGAAAGCUGGUCAUUUGCAACCUUCAGCCCACUAAACAGGACCGUCACGCUGACCUAAUCAUCAACACCUACGUGGACACCUUAAUGAAACGCCUUCUGGAGCUUCUACAUAUCCCUCUCCUGCCUUACUCAGCUGAAGAUGACCCUCUGAAGAUCUCCCAGCUCCUCCUGCAGUCUAGCAUAGCAGAGAGCACAGGAAAUGGUGUUUUUGAGCCAAUAGAGUGGACAAUUCCUGAAGAGUGGGUCAAAGAUAAGGAUUUAGCUGAGCGUGUGAAGUCCAGGAAGGUCAUACGCAAAAGGCCGAUCAAGGAAGAAGUGCAAGGGAGGAAAAAGGUCAAAACUAAGGGUCAUAAGGAAGGAAAUGAAGAGAGUUUAGGUUUGUGUCAUAAUGGUGAGGUUUUGAAGAAGGGUGAAGAGGAAGAUGAGUUGAUAGCAGAGAGGGAGACAGGAAAGACAGCACAGGAGGAAGGUAAUGCUGUGAUAAAGAGUGAAAGGGAGAAUGGAAUAAAGACAGAGAGUGGGAUAAAGGACGAGGAGGAGCACAAACUAGAAACAAGUGAAGUGAAGGUGGAAACAGACGAAAUAGUGAAGAAAGAAGAGUUGGACAAUAAAGUAAAUAACGAGACAGAGGAUUUAGUAAAGAUGGAGAGCGAAACAGAAGAAAAAGAUGAGAAAAUAGAGAGAAAAGAGAUUUAUACUAAUGGCAACUCAACUCCCAGUGGUGUACAAGAGGGAGACUCAGAACAAGAGGUCACAGAAGCAAACGAAGGAAGGUCAAAUGACGACAGUGACCUCGCCACAUGACAGAGGAAGUGACACAACCCUUCACUGACCCAAGAAACUGCGAAGGUCAAAGAGAAGCUCAGAUAGCUAAAUAAGGUCAUUGGGCAUGUAGAAUCUCAAGGUCACAAGGUCACUCUAUUUGUAUGGUUAGGUUAGGUUAGGUUCUGGUGAAAGAGGUCAUGUUUUUUGUAUAUUUUUUGUAUUAUUCAAGUUUUUUUUAUAGUUUUGUUGGUGUUUAAGGUAUUUUAAGGUCAUUUUGCCCUUGAAAUUGUCUUAAGGGUGGAAAUGUGGAAGUUUAAUAAGCAAGAAAGAAAGUUACAGAUUUUUUUCCUCUUUUCAUUCAUCUUUCCAUUUCUUUUCUUCUGGUAAGGAGGAAGGAAAGUUAGAUUUUUUCCUUUUCCUUUUCUUUUU